AUGAGAUUAGAGGUAGGUUUGCUAAGAGAGAAAGAUGAGAGUGAGGACAUAUAUCAUCAGCUGACUGAUUUGAUUGAAAGACAUGAAUACGAUCUAUCAAAAGAAUGUUUCCGUCUAGCGGCAGAGAGGUUGUCUGAUGAUAGGAUGAUGCAACUAUGGGAUACAUGUUUACCAAGUGGUUAUCAACGGUACUUUGUAUUUCGUUGUAAGAUGCAGAAACGGCGGACACUAGUCCAUCGGCUUUUGACGGAGACAGCGUUCGGUCGAUCAGCAGUGAUGACUAAGGCAUUGAAUAGUGAACAUCAAGGCAAAGAGGAUGAUUUGCAGACAUCACUUCAUAUAAUUAAAUGGUGGGCAUAUCUGGAGGACUUAUAUGUGAGAAAUUUUUUCAAGGUUGUCGAGUUUAAUGAGGAACUUAGGCAAUUGUUUAUAUCGAAAAUUUCACCCGGAUUUUUGACGAAGUAUCCAGACGAGUUAUGUGAAAAUGUAUUCAUACCAACAAUCUCUAAGUCUCCGAAACUUGUGUGGGAAAGCAUACAGCCAUUGCUGAACAAGAAAAUUCGUUCUCGUCUCGUUUGGGAAGUCGUUGCAAGAACGAAUUAUCGAGGAUUUGAUUGGAAAACAGUUCCUAACGAAGGCUUGGAAGAAUUUUUUGUGCUUUACACAAAAGGUUUGGUUGACGCAAGAAAUUCAUUGUACGAGAAUCGCCACCACAAUGAUCGGCCGCAAUUCUUUACACCACAUCAGCGCAAUGGCAUGAUGCGUUGGUGGUCCAAGAGAGUGCCGGAAAGACUGACCCUGCUGAACGAACAUUGGAAUGAUAAUAUACAUCGCAUUCCCUUGGAGCUAUUGUUACACCCGGCACUUGCGGCUUUCGAGGGCGUGUUUGAAUCCGUAGACUAUUGUGAUUUAUUUGAGAGAUAUGUCAAGUGGGUUUGUGACCAAAGGGAAACAGACUAUCAGAAAUGGAGUGGAACUCAGGUCAUCGAACCUAUUGGUCAUGGAUCAGUGAGUGGUCAUGGAUCAGUGAGUGGUCAUGGAUCAGUGAGUGGUCAUGGAUCAGUGAGUGGUGAGUUUGUUUUAUCACCAAGAGCAUCAAGUCUUGCUAGCACUUGGAGUGACUUGGCCGUACGUUGCACGUUGCCUUACGAAUUUUGGUGUUUACCCGAAGGUCUACGUAUUAUGUACUACCAAAAUGUUCUGGCAGAUACCCCCGAAUGCGAAAUAUUCCAAGAGUAUUACAGGCUGUGCGUCGGACUAAAACCGAAGGCUGACGGUAAAUUGGAUGUUCUGCCGUUCUCUAAAUUCAGAGACAUGCAGAAUACAGAUGUGCGAAAGCAUAUGGAAUGUCAGUAUGCGGCUCCCUACAGAGCUAUGUAUAACAGAUGCCUGCGUGGUGGCUAUACAGACUGGAUUUAUCUUCUAGCCAUCCUUAUGCCGUACUUACCCUCACGUCCAGAUUUAUAUCAACCCGCACGAUCCAGUAACAUUGUCGGAACCGAAAUGAUGAGCAAUCUCCUAACGGUUACAAAACCACCCGAACCAACAACCAUCGUGCCCGUUGUGUGCACGAAAUACCACAAGCUAACACACUUGCAGUGGCUCAGUGAACGCCGUUCCUCAAUUCGUCUGGACAAUAUGACUGAGUGUGCCUGUUUAGAUUUGUUUAACAGGAUUGCAAGCGUCUAUCCCACACAAGAAGUUCUGUCUGCUACUGAUGAGGCUGAUCAAACGAAGUGGCAUAAUAGGCAGAAGGAUUGGAUCCUAUCCUUGGCCCUUCAGGUUUCAAGAUCGCUGCAGGAACUUAUAGUUGCACUUGAUCUAUUGUAUCUUCAAGACCAAUUGGAAGAUCCUCAACAUCACUCAUACUCGGUGGAUACUUCGGUGGCACCGUGGCUGGGCAAUCCCAUCUUUGUUCACCAUCAAACCAGCAUAAUCAAUACUCUGGAGCCGAAAGUAGAACUUCGUUGGGCUGAAGCUCUAGAGCUAUAUGGCGAUCAACUACAGCCUUACGUUAAGGUGACGACCGACCAGUUGACGACCGACCAGUUGACGACCGACCAGCCGACGACCAGGCUAGAAAGGAAUAUCGGAGUGUAUGUUGCCAGCAAGGAUGUAGAUGCCGUGGCAGAGAUUAUUGGACGGGAUACCAACAUUCCCGGUGAAACGUGUGUGUCGGGAGAGAAGAAGUUAAUCCCAUAUCGGAACUAUUGUGAGUGGUGUGUUAACUUGGUCAUGACAAGAGGUGGCUUGUCGAAGGAGCAUGAUCCGCAUUCGGACCUUGGUGUUGUGCAUUAUUAUGGAAUGUCAACAAUGUCUUCCUCGGCUAAAUCGCCUUAUACAAACGUGUCGGUAGAAAGAAAUAAUAUUUCUGUAGAGUGUGCGGUAGUUAUCGAACACAUUUUGUUCAAUAAAGGAAACAGAUUACAUAAGAACCACAUUGAUCACAUUACUGAGCGACAAAUACGAUUAGUGAGAGAAUUAUUGACGCGUCAGUUUAGUCGAAUUUCGUGCUCGCUACAGAAUUGGUACGAGCUUGCACCUUCUGUCCAUCGUCACCUGCCUGAGAACUGGCGGUACUCUCAUACCAAGGAAAGUGGUUGCUGGAGAUAUAUAGAAUCACUACCUAAAAAUCUGGUGCCAUAUAUUGACGAUCUUCUCACCUCAGUUGCUUUCCAAGGAACAGAUUUGACCCCCCUCAUUAUUAAACAGAUGGAUAGAUAUGGCAUCCCUCCAAUUCCGAACCAUCAUCUACUGCACCCUUGUGACAAUAAUGCAGGGAAUGACAAUAAUGCAGGGAAUGACAAUAAUGCAGGGAAUGACAGGAAUGCAGGGAAUGACAACUCUUUGGAGUCUGCAGGGAAUGAGUUGCAAUUUGAGAAUAUUGUUACGUUAAUGAAUGAGAUAAGAAACCUACAAUAUCGACUACAACUAAGAAGCAGCAUCCCGAACAGUAGUAGAGGUGUACUACGGAAGUGUCUGGGAUGUUUUGAUAUAUUUGUAAUGUUGGCUAAAAGUGUUUGGCAUCAUCCGGUAAUCAUAAGAAGGUUAUAUCUAAUCGGUAGACCAGACUUGUUAACGGAAAAUUUAGAAUCAUGCCUAGUUGUAGAGAGACCUUUGCGUUGUGAAAUAUUGGAUAAUCUUCAGCACGCUCAAAUUCCUAGUUGGAUUAGAGUAAACAAAACCUGGCGAUAUAAGCAGGCCAUAACUGGCCGAAUGGAGCAUGGGAAAAGUAAUGAGGGUAUGAACUGUGAAGAGGAGGUUUCAUACCAUAUGCCGACUGGGAUCACAUCAUUUGAUCGACGACUCAGUUUGGCUCACAUUGCCUGGUUUACUGGAUAUGUUACUGAGAAAACAUGGCACGGUGGGGUUCAGCGUACAAAGAAGUCCGUUAAAAAGUUUAUUGAUCACAUGAGCUUUGAUCAGGCAUUUGCUCUUGGCAAACAUUCUUUAUCUUCAUAUGAAAGAGCAUGGUGGUUAGCUUCCAAGAGCAACUCUUUACAGAACACUCUGGACCAUCUGGCUGUCCUGAUUCAAGAUGAAGAAAGAGGUGUGUAUGCAUUAAGAGCUAUGGAUUAUCUAAUAAAUUAUAUUCCACAAAUAAACGUGCGGCGAACACUAAUGCUAACAAAGCCUCCAAUAUUAUUCCAGGCGAAGAAAGCUUUGAAUGGAAUUAAACUGAGACUCGCACAGAUAUAUACUCCCGGAGACAUGCUGAUGAUUAGCCGUAUGGACCCAACAGAUACAUUGUAUUUCAAGGAUACUAAUGUCGCACAACAAAUUGCUCUGAGAGAAAUAAGUCAAAUGGACGUGUUCUUAGAGGAAGCGUUCAACGAAGGAAUACUGGCACCAAUAGCUGGUAAGCUGAGCAUUGCGUUGUCUGAUAAUCGCAUGGUUGAGAGCUUUUUGCGAUUGCCCUUAACUGACGACGUGGUUCAGCGGAUAUUAAAACCUCAUAAACCUGGCGAUAUUCACGUGAGUGGAAUGAACCACUCGAAGAAAUGCUUCGGAGCUAAAUUGUUGUCGUCCUGUACGUUGGAACAAUUCGCCAUGAUCAUGGCCAAUUGCCCCGAAAAUUUGACUCACAUUCCGAAUCACUUACAAAACACUAAGAAUCCGGAUCUGGCGUUGUUUCUGCAAUUACUCAGCAAAUUUGCGGUUCCGGAAUACCACGAUAUCUACCGACACAUAGUGGCAACCUUAUCGCCGUGGGCUACAUAUGUUCUUGAGAACCGCAUCUGGAAGAACCGACAACAACCUCAUCCUAACCAUAAGCACUAUCUACCAUUGAAAUUGGCUAUUGUUGCACGCUCCUAUCGGGACAGAGAACCCCAUCUCCUGAAUUCCCUCCCUUUUCCCGAUUAUUGA